UUAUUAUGUUGUGUAUUCUACGACCAACCGGAACAAGCUUACUGUGAGCAGUAUCUAAGUACCUUAACAAAGCAAAUAAGUAUCAGUCCUGUUUAAAUAUGAACCGAAUUUUCGGUCGGAGCAAACAAACGCCUACUCCUAACCUUUCUGACUGCGUAGGCAAUGUGGAUACGAGGAUCGAGUCCAUCGAUAAGAAAAUAGCGAGAAUCGACGCAGAGCUAAUGAAGUAUAAGGACCAAAUGAAAAAGAUGAGGGAUGGACCCUCAAAAAAUACAGUGAAACAGAAGGCGAUGAGAGUACUGAAACAAAAGAGAAUGUAUGAAGGUCAAAGAGAUCAGCUUUCCCAGCAGUCAUUUAAUAUGGAACAAGCCAACUAUACAAUCCAGUCUUUAAGGGACACCAAAACAAUAGUGGAGGCUAUGAAGAUUGGAGCAAAAGAAAUGAAGAAAGCAUAUAAACAAGUGAAGAUGGAUCAGAUUGAAGACCUGCAGGAUCAACUGGAGGACAUGAUGGAAGAGGCCAACGAGGUGCAGGAAGCUCUCAGUCGCAGCUAUGGCACUCCAGAGAUCGAUGAGGAUGAGCUAGAAGCAGAGCUGGAUGCUCUGGGAGAUGAGUUACUGCUGGAUGAUGACAGCUCUUACUUAGAUGAAGCCUCGUCUGCACCCUCGAUUCCUGAAGGAAUGCCCAGCGACACUAAAACCAAUAAGGAUGGCGUUCUGGUCGAUGAGUUUGGCCUACCACAGAUCCCUGCCACAUAAGAAUCUGUUCUCUGAUCAGUGUUUUGUUUAUUGGUGGAGGACGUUUUUCUUGUACUGAUGGUAUUGAACAUGUGUUCUAUUCAUUGCCCAGUCUAGCACAUGGUAUUGUACAUGAAGCGUGAUUUUCCAGUUUUGUUUAGAAUUUGGUCACGUAAACACGUUCGCCUGAUUUCGACGAGAUUACAGUUUUUAGAUAUCCAAUUAAAACACCUGGCAUAUCCUUUAGUAAUCAGAAUUUUGGAUCACCUACUUUCCCUUGUAUCUGAACAUACCUAUUUAUUAAUGCAUGUCCAAACCAAAAUAAUUUUGGAUGAUAAUUUUUGAGAUACAAACAGUUUGGGAAAGUCGAGUUUUGAAUAAAUGUUUAUUUAUUUAUUUAUUUUAACAAAACAUUAUAAACAUUAAAACAUCUCACUCUUGAGUGUUGUUACAUAUUGCAUAUAAACAAAUUUUAUAUUUGCCAAUUAAUAUUAAUGUCUAUGCUCAUGUUAAGACGAAGUGUGUGUUGCUUCACUCUAAACUCUGAAGCUGGUUGAAAUGUGGACAGAAUUAUUCUUGACACUGAUCAAGUAUUUCAAGUCCAUUGUUCUGGGUAGCAGGUUUUCUUGAUAACAAACAUCAUUAAUGAAUAUACAUCAAGAUGUGAAAUAUUCUGCAAUGUGAAAUGCAUCACUGGAGUCUGUAAGAGAUGCAAUAAAUGGUGAUAUUUGAAGAAAAAAAA